CGCGCGAUGAUGAAUAACACUAGAUCACUUUCAAAAUUCAAAACCCAGAUGCUCGUCCCAAUAUCCCUUUCUCCCCGCCUGAAAUCUCCGUUUUGUCAAAUGCCCUCUUUCUUCGUAGCAGAUGCUCCCCGCCUGAAGUCCACUGUGUUCUUCCUUAUCUCCAGGUUUUUCUUCACCUUCUUUUUUGGUUAUACCAGCUUUAUUCUUCCGUCUUAGCUCUCUUCUCCAUAGUGAUGGUUGUUGAAGAUGAAGCAGUGGCGAUUAAGGUGGUUUUCGUGGUGGUUCACCGUGGUUGUUGACCUUCCCAACGACUGAGGUUGUCGGCGACGACCCAGGGUUCGAUUCUGGCAUAAUGUGUAAGGUUUCCUACCCAGAUCUACUUUCCAACCAGUUCGGGUAGAAGUUUGGGUCUGACCCAACUUUCCAACCAGUUCGAGAGAAUGAAUGAGUUUUAGAGAGAGAAAUGUGCAUCUGCUUCUGGGUCUGACCCAAUUUUCCUUUCCGUUUUGAUCUGCUCCAUGUCUUCCAACUGUUCGAAGAAAGUCCUCACUGAAAAUUACAUCUGAUUCAUUACAAUCAAGCAUACCUGGUGUAGUUGCUGACCCUAAUUUCCAAAGGGUUUCAUGGUUUUCUGUUUCUAAAGUUACUGUGGGAGUUUGUUUUGUUUUGAAAGAUGUCGUUUCGUAGCAUAGUUCGUGAUGUGAGAGACGGGUUCGGGAGUUUAUCGAGGCGUAGUUUCGAUGUAAGGCUGUCAGGGCUUCAUAGCAGAGGGAAAUCACAGGGUUCGAUUAAUGAUUUAAAUGAUAACCAGACGUUACUUGUGGUCCAAAACAGUAGGUGGGCUAAUCUCCCUCCGGAGCUUCUUUUUGAUGUGAUUAAGAGGUUAGAAGAGAGUGAAAGCACAUGGCCUGCAAGAAAACAUGUUGUUGCUUGUGCUGCGGUUUGUAAGUCGUGGAGGAGUAUGUGUAAGGAAAUUGUUAGAACUCCUGAAUCUUGUGGGAAACUUACUUUCCCAGUUUCUUUAAAGCAGCCCGGGCCGCGCGAUGUUACUAUUCAAUGCUUUAUCAAGAGGGAUAAAUCGAACUUGACAUAUCAUCUUUAUAUGUGUCUUAGUCCAGCUGCUUUGGUUCAAUUGGGCUUGAGCCACGACCUCCACAUCAUUACUUUGAUCUGAACACUGGUUUAAUGAUCAAAGGUGGUUUGAGACAGUUCUUCCCUCAAAAUGUUAAUGAACAAGCGUCUUCGAGUUCUCUUCUUGGGAAAUGCUGUGAACUGAUUCAAACUGCCAUCUUUUCGUGUUAAAAAACACCAACAACCGUUGCGGAGGUAAGUGGUUUGGUUUUUGAUCUGUGAAAUGUUAAGGAAUGACUGAUUAUAUGAUGGAACUGAUAAUGUCAUUUCUUUCAUGUGUUUACCUGGCUUAUAGAUCUUUGGAAUUGCAGAGAAUGAGAUGAGUACAGGGUUGAAUUGUUUUACAACUUUUUAUCUUUGUUUAAUUUAUGGAGAACUAGGUUAUAACCCCGUG